AUGGAGCAUGUUGGCUUUGAGGCUCAGUCCGCGCCAAUCCUCUUUGCGCAAAACCUCCUCUCAAGCAAACCUCUCUGUCAACCGUGCCUCUAUCAUCAAGCAUCUCUCAGCCUCCACUUCUCUCUAAGCCACCACCUAUCUCAGUUGCCGUCAUCACAGUCAUCGCCCAAGCACCAGUUCAUGGAGCAUGUUGUCUUUGCCAUCGAAACUUCUUUGACAGAGGCUUUGUGUGCGCCAUUGCCAAACCUACCUCUCUCUCUGAUCCUCUCUGACAGAGGCUCUGUCUGCGCCGAUCCUCUCUGCGCAAAACCUCCUCUUAGGCAAACCUCUCUAUCAACCGCGCCUCUGUCAUCCAAUGCCUCUCUCAGCCUCCACUUCUCUCUAAGCCACCACCUCUCUCAGUUGCCGCUAUCACAGGAGACUUCAAGAGGCAUUGUCCCAAUAGCACGCACCAUUCAACAGUUUUGCAGCAUUUCGUGCAGAUUAGCAGGAAAUUUCUGGAGCAGUUUGCACCUUCCAGCAGUAAUUCUGCCACUUUCUGAGGUAUUCCAGCAACAGUUUUGCUACUUUAUGUAG